CCAAUGCCAAAUUGAAGUCUGAGCCCACCCCAACGGUCAAGUCCAAACAGCAGCGCGUCUCGGCAGCAAAUCAAAAGCUGAUCUUCUCGAACUCGCACAAGCUCUGGGAAUUUCUCUUGAUGGCGCUCGAAACAAUCCUGAACGUGUCUCCUUGAUUCAAGCGCAGCUUGACGGGCAACCACAGCUGAAGGACGAUCCGAAAUUCACCGGCCUUUAUGGCCGUCUCCCUCGUGGGCAGAAACGCACGCAUACAACUGUGGUUGAUGAAAACACUGCACCGGCAGAGUGACUUCAAGUCGAGCGGCCUGCAAUCCGUCGUCGACUCAACGAUUCGCAACGUUCGACGGACUUACCAGUGUCAUCCUCGUCCAAUUCUCCGCAUUACGUUCCCGCGCUGUCAAUGUCUGAUCCCCCCUCGACUGUUUACUCUGGCAUUCAAGUUGCACAUACUUUACUUCCUCAGCAUCACCCAUUCUCUCCCCAGCAUAAUUUAUAUCAUGGACCUAGCAAUACACACUAUCAUACCAUUCCCCAUCACAAUUAUCAUAUGCCUGCACACACUCACCCGAGUUCACCUUAUUAUUCACAUUAGUUACUCGAAGUCUAGUCAAGAUAUAUACUUUAUAUUUUACGGUCACAUAAACCAGUUCAAUAAUAUUGAUUGCAC